AUGGAGAGCCCCCGUCUUCGUCCGCUGACCCUCUUGGGUGCCGCCCUGUUUUUGCUGCUACCUCUGCUCGGUGCCCGUGCCCAGGAGGAAGCUGAGCUCCAGCCCCGAGCCCUGGACAUCUACUCUGCCGUGGAGGAUGCCUCUCACGAGAAGGAGCUGAUCGAAGCGCUACAGGAAGUCCUGAAGAAGCUCAAGACUAAAAGUAUUCCUAUCUAUGAGAAGAAGUAUGGCCAAGUCCCCAUGUGCCACGCUGGGGAGCGGUGCGCCGUGCGAAAAGGAGCGAGGAUUGGGAAGCUGUGCGACUGUCCCAGAGGAACCACCUGCAAUUCUUUCCUUUUGAAGUGCUUAUGAGGUGUCCUCCCGCCUCCCUAAAUCCCCACCACCCCAACUUCCCCUGCGAGGACCACACUCUCAUCCCUGGAGUUUGCCUUUAGCAACAAAGUUUGCAUUUCCCUCUGAGGGUUAAGGGGC